AUGUCUGACGAUGGUCGUGACGAAUCUGUAUCUCCGACAUCAGAAGUGGGAUCAAAACGAGUCAAAGAGAAGUCAAGUGGCGAUAACUUGGAGAGUACACAAUGGCGUCUGAUGUUCGAAAUGCAAAACGAACAAAUGCGUUCACUAAUACAAGCUUUGAACAUGCCGGGACCCAGGAACAAUGUGACCCUGCCGGAGUUUGAUCCUGAUAAGCAAGACGCCGACCCUCAAUCGUGGUGCACGACCGCCGACUUAUGUUUGUCGGACACCCCGCUUAACGGAUGUCAGCUAAUCGUCGCGCUCAGUAAAGCGUUAAAGGGAACCGCUUCAACGUGGCUGUCGCAAGUUUCAUAUGCCGGAAUCACUUGGCCACAGUUCAAGGAGCUUUUUUGCGAGAGGUUUGUGCCGACGGAAACUAUUCCGGCAACCCUCAUACAAUUGAACACCAGCCGACCUAAGGAAGGAGAGAGCUACGCCGCCUACGCCAGUAGAUUGAUAUCAUCCCUUAUGAAUCGCUGGAAAAAUGCAAACAUGGAGCAAAUCGCGGUAUCUGUAGUGCUUGCUCAUUUAGCACAAACGGAUACGCGAUUACAGCGACUCGCCUUCACAACCGAGAUCAAUUCACGUCACAAUUUACAAAAGGAAUUACAGGCAUUCUCCUAUCUCAAACAUAAAGUACCCCAUGCAGAUGAUACUUCAGAUAACGUGAAGCGACCUCGUAUGUCGACGGCGCCGAUGAAGUGCUACAUGUGUGGCAAGCCUGGCCAUAAGCAAAUCGAUUGUCGCCUCAAGGGAAAGAAGCAUUCUACACCGACGACUACUCAUAUUCGUCCGAGUCAACAGUCGACCCAGAAGGAAGCCCUCAUCUGUUUCAAGUGCGGACAGCCUGGCCACAUCGCUUCGCGCUGUGGUAGCGUCGCCCCUGUUGCCACCACCUCAUCAACGGCCGUACCUAGAGCUGAGCGUCGAGUCGACCUAUGUACGGUUGAGCCCCCAUCAGGUGCGCUGAGACAUAACGAAGAAAUUAGGCAGGUGCAUCAGAAACGUGUUGAUUUAACGGAAGUAUCUGGUAACUGGCUUCUGGCUGAGCAACAGCGAGACCAAGACAUACAGAAAGUCAUAACUCAAUUAAAUAAUUGCGAGCUUAAGGAUGACAUCGCACAUACAUAUGAGAAUAAUCAUCACACGUGGACGCGUGAGCGCAGGAUGGCCGUGUCGGAGACGGUCAUGAGCAUAGAUGGUAAACGAAGCGCAGCACGAGUUCCGAUAGAGGGCUGCAACGGCGCGGUAACGUCAUCCGCGGACACGCGGCUGACUUCGUGCUACAACAGAGUCUAG